CCCCGAUAGUCAACUCUGGUGCUAUAUUCAAUUUCACGCUGAGAGCCUCAGUCCGCAAUCGUCGGUUUUGCCAACCAAACGUGCUUCAUUUUCCAUCAAUUGUCGCUUCGAACCGUUUCAAAUAUUUUCCGACUCCGGAUUCAGGAUUCGGGGGCUUGCCAGUGGGAUUCCGCAGAGGAUGCAACAGGAUUGAUACAUUGUACGGAGGGCUGAGAGCCUGACAGAGCGAUAAUAGCCUGACUAGACGGAUCCUGGCUCGCCAUUUUCAGUGGAUGUAACGGAAUCCAGCGACUUCGCGACAUCGGUUCGAUUCAAUUUGAUUCCAUUCGAUUCGAUACUGGUCUUACUGGGCGCUUAAGGUUGAGGCGAACAAAGGACCCUUCGAGGACUGUUGAAUUAGUCAGAGGCGAAGCAACAAAUACAAACAAACGGGCCAUUCAACAACCUCCCGACGUCGUCGUAUCGAUUUUCCGUUACAUCGUUAUACACACACUAACCCAGUUGGCACACAGCCAUUACGCAUACGCCCCAUAGCCACCCCAGAAAGCGAGAAGAGCGUGCGGCUCCAGCUGCUCCUGCUCCAUCCCACUCGGCGAAGAGAGAGGGAGCGCCUGGCGGACUGGCUUUGUUGCAUCCCGCAGCCACUGGAGGCAUGUUUCAUUUGGCACUCGCCAGCAGCGGACGGACAAAUCAUUUAGGGCUACGGCAAUAGCCAUUGUAGAUAGCAUUCACCAGCAUCGGAACCCGCGACCACUCACGACAGUGACGCUUUCUGCCGCGGAAUAAGGUAUCCUUCACCCCAUCUCACAGUCGCCCCAACGAAAUCGCAAGCCACCAGCAGGUGUUCAGCAUGGCGGGAAUUCAGCUGCAACCGGGAUGUACGGUGGCCGUGGUGGUGCUGCUCCUGCUGCAGGUACUCGGGAUGGGCCAGGUGCUCGGCCAGGGUCCACCGCAGGCCCAGGUGUGCCCGGAGCAGAGCGAAAUCGCGCCCUGCAUCUGCACGGUGAAGAAGAACGGGCUGGACAUCCUGUGCGAGACCACCGAUCUGGCGCACAUCACCAAGUCGAUGGGCACGCUGAAGGGCAAGAGUCCCAUCAUCUUCUACCUGAAGUUGCGCCACAACAAUCUGCCCAAGCUGCAGGGCUUCGUCUUCCUGGCCCUGGACAUCCGUCACCUGACCAUCCACAACAGCAGCCUGGCGGCCAUCGAGGAGAACGCCCUCAGCUCGCUGGGUGCGGGGCUCACCCAGCUCGAUGUUUCCCUUAACCAAAUGAAGACGGUGCCCUCGCAGGCUCUGCAACACCUGUUCCACCUGUUGAUCCUAAAUCUAAACCACAACAAAAUCACCGUGAUCCAUAACAACGCCUUCGAGGGUCUGGAGACCCUGGAGAUUCUGACGCUCUACGAGAAUAAGAUCACACAAAUUGAUCCCGAGGCUUUCCGUGGACUAGAGGACCAUAUUAAGCGCCUGAAUCUGGGUGGCAACGAUCUUACCAGAAUCCCGCAGAAAGCUCUUUCCAUUUUGAGCACCUUAAAGAAACUGGAGAUUCAGGAGAACAAGAUACGUACUAUCAGCGAAGGCGAUUUUGAAGGGUUGCAGAGCUUGGACUCCUUGAUUUUGGCCCACAACAUGAUCACCACCGUGCCUGCCAACGUGUUUAGUCACCUCACCCUGCUGAACUCCUUGGAGCUGGAGGGCAACAAGAUCAGUGCGAUUGACAAGGAUGCCUUCAAGGGCCUGGAGGAGAACCUGCAAUAUCUGCGCCUGGGUGACAACCAGAUCCACACUAUUCCCAGCGAGGCACUGCGUCCAUUGCACCGCCUGCGCCACUUGGACUUGCGCAACAAUAAUAUCAAUGUUUUAGCUGAAGAUGCCUUCACUGGCUUUGGGGAUUCCCUAACUUUCCUCAACCUGCAGAAGAACGACAUCAAGGUUCUGCCCAGUCUGCUCUUCGAGAACCUGAACUCCCUGGAAACGCUGAACUUGCAGAACAACAAGCUGCAGCGCAUUCCGCAAGACAUAAUGGAGCCCGUCAUCGACACCCUCCGCAUCAUCGAUAUCACCGAUAACCCGCUGAACUGCUCCUGCGAGCUGACCUGGUUCCCCAAGCUGCUGGAGGACCUGAAGAACAAGGACGACGAAAUGUCGCAGAAGAAGAAGCCGCUGUGCCACAUGUCGCUGGACAACCGCGAGUACUUCGUGCAGGCCAUGCCCACCGAGAAGAUGCACUGCGCCGGCCUCAAUGUGAGUCCCUCGCCCACCAGCGGCGGUCUAAUGCGGAUCCUGCAAGUGAACAUCCUGGCCCAGAUUGCCGUGUGUAGCGUGGCCUUUCUGACUAGCGUCUAAGCAUCUAGCCUCUGUCCAGCUAGACGCGAUGUUCCAUGUGGGUCAGUUUCAGCUUCAGUUUCAGUUCCACCCCCGUGAUCAGUGAUAGAAUCCAACAGAGCGGUCGCCCCUCCAGUUCCAUUCGGUUUGAUUCGGCUGCCGUUGCCACCCAAAAUCGCAAAAAGCAAUCCCAGUCCCCAGAUCACAGACCUCUCCAACGCCCACAAACCAUUUCUGUGUUGUUGUAUUGUAUGUUUUCUUAUAGAUUAUAGGGAAUCCGUGAAUUAUGCAACUCUGCCAGUAAUUAGACUCAGAAAGCACGCUUUUCGAACCACCAGCAGGCUUCCCCCCCGAAAGUUGUUGAGAUGACGCGAGAUGAGAGGCACCACCACCACUAUCCGGUCCACCCACUGCACUCCGCUCCAGACGUGCACAGUAGCUCGACGAGAAGGGGAGUGCUGGCAUGAUAUUCACUUGUCUGCGGACGUAGCUUAGAUGUAAGGCUUGGUUUUGGCACCAAACCAAAACCAAAAUCGAAACCCAAACAUAUCAGAAUAUUGUUACGUUUAAGCGUGGGAUUUGUUGUUACUUGCGUUAAUCUGUACGAGCUUAUCUGUGCAGCCUAGGGCUACGUAUGCCCAUCUAUUAUGUGUAGUCUAUCGUCGUCUUGUCGUCGGUGUUGUGAGAUACAAUCAUUACUAACGCGUUUCGUAGUCCCUCCACCCGUUUCCAGACCUACCUACUGCACCCAACCGAUCCCCAGUCGAAAUUCGCAAGCUCCUCGAGUCCAUGUGUCGUGUUAUCCAGUUCUAGGCAACCAUGGCCAAGUGCGGCUCCACUUUGGGUGCCAGAGGCGGGCGAAACGGAGGGGAAACACAAGAGAAUGUAAGAAAUUUCAUUUGCAUCAAUCACCAAGAACUGAUUAUGGAAUAAGUAGUUUGUACUCUUUAUUUGCCGCGAGCACGGGCAAACUCCCAAGGAAUCCCCAUCCCCCAUCCCCAUACCCAUCCCAAACCCAAAAAGCCACAUCCAGAAGCCAGAAGGGGCAACCCACGAAAAUCGAGAAUGCAUAUCGUUAUAUUGUUAUAUUAUAUCGUGACAUAUCAAGAGCUCCCAGUAGUAAGACACUCGGAUGGCUCGACACAGCUAAUAUAGUGACAUUUUAUAGAAUUUACUUACAUUUUUGAGGCAUCUGACAAGUUUGAUGUUUAUGCAAGAAGUGAAUUAAGCAAAUGCGUGUGCAGAGUGGAAUUUUUGAAAUUUUUUAUACAUAUACUUUUAUACACACAUACAUACGUACCUUUUCGAUUAUGUCUACGCAAACUAAGUUGUAAUUCGAUUAGCUAUAGACACUGACACCCAAUCCGCCCGGUCGCUCCCUCCUCCACUCCAACCACGCGGUGGCUUGGGUCAGUAGCCACCCACUGGUGGGCGGUGGAGCAGUGGGAGCGGGCUCGGGCCGGAAAUAUUUUCAAGAGAAUGCGCCGCACCACCGAUUCGGGUCAGUUUCCUUUGGCUAGAGCUGUUCUUUUCAAAAUAUUGCUAACAAUGAACCCCAUCGAAAGCUGGGCUUGCGUAAUGCUCCCCAUGUGAGCAAUCUGAGAAUCUGUCUAAUAAAGAAUCCAUGUUGGUUACAAAUGCAA